UCUUCUAUACUCUCUGUCAGUCGCAUUUCAAAGCGACUGUCUCCUCUCUCUUAUUCCCCCAUUUUAAUUUUCUCUCUGUAAAACACCAUUAACAUCGUUCUCUAAUCUCUCUUUUUUCACCAAAAUGGGUCCUUCUUCUUUACUCUGUUUCACCAUCAUUUCCUUUUUUCUGAUUUUUCAACCAUGUUUUUCCAAGAAAACUUACAUUGUUCACAUGAAACACCACCAAAAACCUCUUUCUUUUUCAACCCAUCAAGAUUGGUACUCAUCUCAAGUCAAAUCCCUCUCUUCUACAACAUCUGAGUCCACCCUUCUUUAUUCUUAUGACACAGCUUAUCCUGGUUUUGCUGCUUCUCUUGACCCAAAUGAAGCAGAACAGCUUCGACAGUCAGAUGAUGUUGUUGGGGUGUACGAGGAUACUGUUUACACACUUCAUACAACAAGAACACCUGAGUUUCUUGGGCUUGAUAAUGAGUUAGGUUUGUGGGCUGGUCACACCCCACAGGAACUCAACAACGCUGCUCAAGAUGUUGUUGUUGGCGUACUCGAUACCGGAGUUUGGCCUGAAUCUGAGAGUUUUAAUGACAUUGGUAUGCCUGAUGUGCCUUCUAGAUGGAAAGGUGAAUGUGAAUCAGGACCUGAUUUUGACCCGAAGAAACAUUGCAACAAGAAAUUAAUUGGUGCUAGAUUUUUCGCUAAAGGUUAUCGUAUGUCAUCGAGUGCAUUUACAAACCAACCAAGACAACCUGAGUCACCACGUGACCAAGAUGGUCAUGGGACACACACAGCUAGUACUGCUGCUGGUGCACCCGUGGUCAAUGCUAGUCUCCUUGGUUACGCUAGUGGCACAGCGCGUGGUAUGGCACCACGCGCGCGUGUAGCUACUUAUAAGGUUUGUUGGCCUACUGGUUGUUUCGGGUCGGAUAUAUUAGCGGGUAUGGAUCGUGCUAUAUUGGAUGGUGUUGAUGUGUUGUCUUUGUCUUUGGGUGGUGGGUCUGGUCCUUAUUAUAGGGAUACUAUUGCUAUUGGUGCUUUUACUGCGAUGGAGAGAGGUAUUGUUGUGUCUUGUAGUGCUGGAAAUAGUGGACCUGCUAAAGCAUCCCUUGCAAAUACCGCUCCAUGGAUAAUGACUGUUGGCGCUGGAACUAUUGACCGUGAUUUCCCAGCCUUUGCUGUUUUAGGUAACGGGAAAAAGUUAACCGGGGUUUCUUUAUAUAGCGGAAAUGGUAUGGGGAAAAAGAUGGUCGCGUUAGUUUAUAAUACGGAUAGUAGUGGUAGUCUUUGUUUGCCAGGUUCACUUGACCCGAAAAACGUACGUGGGAAAAUAGUUGUGUGUGAUAGAGGGACUAAUGCUAGGGUAGAAAAGGGGCUAGUUGUUAAAGAAGCUGGUGGGGUUGGUAUGAUAUUAGCGAAUACUGUUGAGAGUGGUGAGGAAAUGGUGGCAGAUAGUCAUUUGUUGCCUGCAUUGGCGGUAGGAAGGAAAGUGGGGGAUUUUGUAAGACAAUAUGUGAAGAAUGAGAAGAAUCCGAUGGCGGUGUUAAGUUUUGGUGGGACUGUGGUGAAUGUGAAACCGUCACCGGUGGUGGCAGCGUUUAGUUCAAGAGGGCCUAAUACUGUGACACCACAGAUAAUGAAGCCUGACGUAAUUGGACCUGGUGUGAAUAUUUUGGCUGCUUGGUCUGAGGCUAUUGGACCUACUGGACUUGAGAAGGACACCAGAAGGACCGAGUUCAACAUCAUGUCUGGCACAUCCAUGUCAUGUCCUCAUAUUAGUGGACUAGCUGCAUUGCUUAAAGCAGCACAUCCGGAUUGGAGCCCAAGCGCCAUCAAAUCAGCACUUAUGACAACUGCGUAUGUUCGUGACGCCACCAACUCCCCUCUUCGUGAUGCCGAAGGUGGUCAACUCUCCACUCCAUGGGCUCAUGGAUCAGGUCAUGUUGAUCCCCACAAGGCACUCUCCCCAGGUCUCGUCUACGAUAUUGCCCCAUCGGACUACAUCAAGUUCUUAUGCUCCUUGGACUAUGAGUUGAGCCACAUACAAGCCAUUGUCAAAAGCCCGAAUGUCACUUGUGCUAAGAAAUUUGCAGAUCCCGGGCAGAUCAACUACCCUUCAUUCUCAGUUUUGUUCGGGAAAUCAAGGGUUGUUCGUUACACCCGUGCUGUGACCAAUGUGGGAGCUGCUGGAUCCGUUUAUGAGGUAGUCGUUGAUGCUCCCCCAACCGUUUCUGUGACCGUGAAGCCAUCAAAGCUUGUAUUCAAAAGGGUAGGACAGAGGCUGCGCUACACCGCGACAUUUGUGUCCAAGAAGGGUGUUAGCACGAUGACCAAGAGUGCGUUUGGUUCGAUUUUUUGGAAUAAUGCUCAGAACCUAGUUAGGAGUCCAGUCUCAUAUUCUUGGUCACAGCUAUUUAACUGAAAAGUUGUUGUCCCUUUAAUCUAAUGUAUGGGUUUUCCCCUUUGAAUUACCAACAAAAUUGUGGUAAACAGAUCUGCAAUUGGAAGUGUUUUUAGUGAUCUGAGUGAUAGGGUGUGGAUGGAAGUUCCUCCAAAGUUUUAGUUUUUCUUUCCAAGUAAAAUCAUGCAAUGCAAUUAUAGCCCUGCUUGUAUGUUGAUGUGAGCGUUCACCGAUCAUGUAUUAUAACAUCUCAAGAUAUUUGAUAAAUUUCCUGAAAGAAUCAACAUCUCUGAUGUGAAGUGUUUUUACA